CGAACAAACUGUGUCACGUGUGUGUCGAAUCUGACCGGCGAUUAUUUUAUUAAUUUUCGUUCUACUCGACAAUUCCAAAAAUCAGUGCCAUUCAUUGGCUUUAGCUUUGCCCUUGAACUUGAAAUCUCGUACCUUAUUCUUUCUUGGGGACUGGUGUUGGAUAUUGAACGGGCGGAGUGACCGCCGGGAUGAUGGAUGAAGGAGAUGAUGGCCUAAUCUUGGCUGCGCGCAUUCUCAUUUUCGCGUGGCCUGCCACUAGUGUUUCGCAGAUUCACAAAGGGUGUCACAGGCAUAGCUGGAGGAAGAAAGGUACUACACGAAUGCGAAACGCGACAAACUCUACAACGUCAUUAGCCUGGAGUUCACCAAGACUAAGUUGGAGCCUCUAGUGGAGUCACCCAGUCUGGUACGUCAUUUGGAUUGGGUGGACUUGGUGUGGCCGGAAAUAUUGCGCGCUUUGCAGCAGGAGGCCACCAACCGACUGGUCGACAUGAAAUAUCCCAAAGUGCAAAAAGUACUGCCUGAUGAGCGUCGGUGGCUGCUACACAGAUUUCGGUGUCGACUUUGGUGGCACAUCCGUCUGGUAUCAUAUUCUCAAGGGUGGAAAGGUUUUCUGGCUGAUUCCUCCGACCCCAAUCAAUCUUCAGAUCUAUGAGCAGUGGGUGUUGUCCGGUAAACAGCAGGAUAUCUUCCUGGGUGACAUGGUCGCGACGUGUGCCCGCGUCGAAUUGAAACCAGGCUGGACUUUUGUCAUUCCUACUGUGGGAGGACCACCUGUCAUCUGCCUCGCUGCAUAGAAUGUGCGCUACAGAGCCAGUUGCUGACAUGGUUGCCCGUCGACGGCUGCAGUGGCUUGGCCACAUUGCCAGGAUGGACGACCACCGGCUUCCAAAGGCAGUGUUGUUCUCGUGGCUCCAUACUCCACGCCCUGCUCAUGGCCCCAGGCGUCGAUGGCGUGAUGUGGUACGCGAUGACCUCAAGGCGUUCGGUCUAUACACCGGCUGGUACCACCUCGCAGCUGAACGUGGCGAGUGGAUCCAGUCCAUCUCGGAUGCUAUUGUUGCACGGCGCUUACGCCUUGAAACGACAGCCAAGUCAGUGUGUUGUGCGAUCUGUGAGCGACUCUUCGCCAGUGAAAGCGGACUUCGGCGGCACAAAUGCAGGGAAGAGCGACCGAAGCCGAUCCAUGAACAGGCCGGUGCUGUGUUGUGCGAAACGUGCCAUUGUUGGUUUGCUAGCCGAGGUGGAUUUGCUGUGCACAGCUGCUCUCCCAGUCUUGGUGACGCUCCAGUUCCAGAGAUUGUUGCACCUCGCCCACCUGAUUGCAGCCAAUGUCAUUACCACUGCCACACCUGUGACCGCUGUUUCCGGAGCAAAGCUGGGCACCGCCGGCACAACUACAACUCCAACCGCAGAACAUGCAGCUCUGGCUCCGAGCGCCGCACCAUCCCAUGCCCGACCUGCUCUCAGAAGUUCACACGUCUCCAGUAUCUGGCUCAACACAAAUGCAAGAAGUAACUCUGCCCUCCUUGCCUCUUUGAGGCACUGCAUCACCUUUAGGUGGCAGUUUCAAGGUUCAAGGUUUGUGUGUGUGUGUACGUGUGUGCAUGUGUACGCGCGAGUGUAUGUGUGUGUAUGUGUGUGUGUGUGGAUGUGUGUGUGUGUGUGUGUGUGUGUGUGUGUGUGUGUGUGUGUGUGUGUGUGUGUGUGUAUGUGUGUGUGUGUGUGUGUGUGUGUGUGUGUGUGUGUGUAUGUGUGUGUGUGUUUGUUCGUUGACAGGCUGGAUUCAUGCAGUUCACACUCCUGUGGAUUGGCUAGUGUUUGGUGGAAACUUUCUGCACAGUUUCAACAUAAGCGGUCAGCUUGCCGUGGCGCACAUUGAAGAAACUACUAAGAUACGGACGCAGCGAAGCUCUCUCCUGCGUCCGCAUGCGCCGAGAUCCCACUGCUGUCAACGGAUGACACUGCAGCCCAGUCGCCAGCGACGGCGGCAGCUGCUGCUGCUGCUGCUGCUUCGUCAGGAGAUGGGAACAGCUCACAAGGCGGCAAGCCACCUCCAUCACCGCCAUCCUGCCUGCUCUCGGACAUGGCCUGUCUCAGCUCGUAUGAGAUUGAUGGCUUGCGACGGCUGCUGGCCGAGCUGAACGUUUCCACGACGAUGGUGAGGGCGUGUCCCGAGGAGCUGGGGGAUCCUGGGGAGCUCAUGUCGACCGUGGAGAUUCUGUUGAACGAGUAUGAAAGCCGGUUUCGCGAGGACAAGGCCACUGGACAUUUUAUGCUCAUACCGGGUAUAAAAUCUGAGAAUCUGCGUGUGUCGCCCGCACCAAUACCUGACAACAUUGUGGAAAUAGUUGCAGUUGAAACAGAGAUUGUAUGCAAGUCCUCAGCUGCUACCGCAUCUCCAAAAAAGACAGCUGGUAUAUCAUCUCGUGACGACCACAUUGAAGUCUGAAUUUGAAGUGCGAAGAUGCUUCAGCAACCACAUCGUACUUUUCCAUUGCUUUCAUUGUGCUUCUACUGUGCAUGUGUGUAACUUGUGGGGUAUACAUGUGAUGACAUUGUAUGCUGGCGACACGGUCAGAUUUUGUCCAUCCGUGUAACGUACACCUGCAUGUUAUGCAUCGAAAAGGAUCUGCCACUUGCGAUCCUGGGAAAAGUAUCAGGUCAGCUUUGUUUUGUGUGGGCUGCACCAGAUUGCUGUUCACUUUUCUAUCUGUUGGAUAUGUGACUUUCUGCAAGUCUCUGGUGUAUGGUGGCCACUUCUUUGCUUGUCACUUUGUAUGAUCUUACAUUCUGUAUUCGCUGCUUCCAUGGCGUGGUCUGCAAACGGCAAUCCUUGGGCAAAUGUCAUGUUUGCUAUGUUGUGCUUUGGCCGUCAGCUUGUCUACACGUUGUAGUUGAAUUAUUUUGUUUCACAACUGACUUCCUGAAGUACGAUGGCCACUGCUUUGCAUGGCAUUUUA